AUGCCCUACCACCUCUGCAUCGAUGGCGGGGGCACCAAGACGAGCGCGUUCGUCGCGCACACUGGAACUGGACCGCGCACCGUUGUGGCGGUGGGCAAUGCCGGCCCGUCCAACUUGACAUUCGGGCUCGACGAAUGCCUCGCCGCGACGCGGGAGGCCGUGCGCAAUGCCAUAGAGGCGUUGCGUAAAGCCGACCCCAGUGCUCGGAUCGCUUUCCCUUACGAUGGCGUGCGUUUCGAAAGCGUCUGGGCAGCCUAUGCGGGAUGUACGCGACAGAGCGACCGCGACGCGCUCCUUAUCCCGCUCCAGGAGAUGUUCGGGGACGUGCGGCUGACUGGCGACGGGGAACUCUUGACCGCUCCGGCAAUUGGCGGGCCGCCCCACCGUUUCGUCACUCUCAUCUGUGGGACGGGGUCCCUAGCCUUGUUGUGGGACUACAACAAGAGGGCAGACCAGCUGGCACGCAGCGGUGGAUGGGGUCCGCUACUAGAUGACGCGGGGAGUGGAUGGGCGUUGGGGAAGGAGGCCGUCAAGAGCGUGCUCACCUUCACGGCAAACAAGUGUGACUUGAGAGAAUGGCACCGCGACAUCCUCGCGCAUUUCGGUCUCCACCGCACUACUGGCGCAGACAGACUCAUCGCCGCCAGCUCAACGUUGGAUCCUGCGAAAUCGCCAUCCGAGGGAGAUGCGCUGCGCAAGAAGCGUAUUGCGGACUGUUCGCGGAUCGUUGUCACGGCCGCAGAGGGGGGCGACGAUGAGGCUCUCCGUCUCCUCGGCGUGGUUGCGGAGCAGGUUUGUUCAACCCUCGCACCAUUGGUGGAGGUUGGGAGAGUGACAGAGAAGGAGACGAUGAUUGUCGUGGCGGGGGGACUGGGCCAGGUCCAAGUGUUUUGGAGACAGGUUGAGGACCGGUUCGCGAAGCGGGGUUGGCGGUUCCGGACGGUCAAGAUGCCUGAGCCGGGGCGGAGCGGACUCGAGGCGCUGAUUAAGUAG